CUGCUCCAACCAACGUACCAACAACGCACUGCUGACUGGAGCGGCGAUUUUUGGUGGAUGUCUUUUACGAUUCUUCACAACACCACACACCACACAAGAAAGGCACGAUGCGGCUGUUCGAGGAUGUGUUCACGGUCAAGGCCAAGGACCCCAAGGGCCGCAAGUUCGAGAGGGUCUCAAGGAUCGUGUGCGAAGCCUUCAUGACCGGCUUCGAGCUCAUCCUCGACCUCAACACACAGCUCUACCCCAUGGAGCUCGAUGAACAGUUUUCGCUAUGCCUUGCGCGGAGCUUGGAUGACGAGGCUGCGCCCAGCUCAGGCACAUACGUACAGAACCGCGAGUCAUCGCUGGCGGACAGCUUCGACUAUGUGAUGCACGGGACCAUCUACCGUGUGGAGGAGAAGGAAGGGCAGGUGGCCGUGUACGCGUCAUAUGGUGGCAUGCUCAUGCGUCUCAAGGGCAACCGCAGCGCGCUCAUGAAGCCAGGCCUCGAGCUCGACUCAAGCCUCUACCUCCUCAUUCGCAAGUAGCCGCAACUCCCCGCGUGUCUCCCGCCUGUCAUCGCGUAUUUGUGUGUGUGUGUGUGUGUGUGUGUG